AUGGGUCUCGGAAGAUUCAUCCACCAUGUCGGUGCCUUCUUUCUUCUGGCAGCAACAAUCAUGCUCAUUGUUGUGAGCAUCACCGCUCCUGUGGUCAAUCAUAUCGCCCUCCUCAAGGUUCGAUCCCAAGGAGACGGCGUCAACUUUGGUACAUUUGGUUAUUGUCUGUUGCGAAGCGGCCAGAGUGAUCGCUGCACAAGCUCCCACAUCGGUUAUGAUCCCGCCGAUGCUCUCCCAGGCACCGGCAUGUCCGAGAUCAGCUCCAACACUGCAAAGGCCAUGACAUAUGUCAUGGUUCUUCACCCUAUCGCUGCUGGACUCUGCUUCAUUGCUUUCCUUCUGGCCAUCGGUGCCGGCAUCUUUGGCUCUCUUAUGUCAACUCUCGUCUCCGUCGCUGCCUUCAUUGUCACUAUCAUCGCUUUGGCUUGUGACUUUGCUGGCUUCUCCAUCAUCCGACGACGAAUCAACCGCGACACCAAUGCCACUGCCAGCUGGUCUGUCGGUAUCUGGCUUGUUCUUGCCGCUGCCAUUCUUUGCCUCAUUGGCACAGUCGCUGUGUUUAUCACCUGCUGCUCUGGCCGCCGCAAGAAGAGCCGUGAGCAGAAGAAGAUGGAGGCUUACAACUCUUCUCCUACCCGUUACUAA